AUGGCCUCACCGGCUGUCAAGAAAGCGAUCAGCGAGGCUGCUCUGCAGUACUCGAAGCCCGAGGGCAAGGUCUUCCAAUAUGGCACCGCAGGGUUCCGCAUGAAGGCUGAUCUCCUCAACACCGUCGUUUUCGCCGUGGGUCUCCUUGCUGGCCUCCGUUCGAAGAAGCUUAGUGGGCAAUGGAUCGGUGUUAUGGUGACUGCCAGCCACAACCCCGCGGAGGACAACGGUGUCAAGCUGAUUGACCCUAUGGGUGAGAUGCUCGAAGCCGAGUGGGAACAAUAUGCGACCCGGCUUGCGAAUGCCCCUCUUGACCAGAUCGCCGAUGUCUACGACGAGCUUGUGAAGGAGAUUGACGUUAAGAUGACAAACCCUGCCCGCGUGGUCUUCGCUCGCGAUACCCGUGCCUCUGGAUCCCGUCUGGUGGGCGUGCUCAGCGCUGCCUUGACCGCAACCGAGGUCGAGUUCAUUGACUUCAAGUACAUGACCACUCCUCAGCUCCACUAUGUCGUGCGCUGCAAGAACACCCUCGGCACACAGUACGAGUACGGUGAGCCGACGGAACAGGGCUACUAUGAGAAGCUUGCCGCCUCCUUCAAGAAGGUUAUGAAGGGUGUCAAGGUUCAGGGCUCUCUGACCGUCGACUGUGCCAAUGGUGUUGGUGGCCCUAAGCUGCGGGAUCUUAUGAAGUACCUGGACUCUGGUCUCGAUAUCAAGGUCGUCAAUGACGACGUGAUCAACCCUGAUAGCCUGAACUUCGACUGCGGUGCCGACUAUGUCAAGACGAAGCAGCGUGCUCCUCCCUCAUCCAAGGCCGCUCCCCUCGAUCGAUGCGCCUCCCUGGACGGAGAUGCUGACCGUCUGGUCUACUACUUCGUUGACGAGAGCAACGUCUUCCGCCUCCUGGAUGGCGACCGCAUCGCUACUCUUGCGGCCUCUUUCAUCGGUGAUCUCGCCCGCAAUGCUGGUAUUGCACAGAAGCUGAAGAUUGGUGUUGUUCAAACCGCUUAUGCCAACGGUGCUAGCACCGACUACAUCGAGAAGGUCCUCAAGCUCCCCAUUAUUUGCACCAACACUGGUGUGAAGCAUCUUCACCACGCCGCUCUGCGGUUCGACGUCGGUGUUUACUUCGAGGCCAACGGCCACGGCACCGUCACCUUCUCGGAGAACGCUCUGAAGGUCAUCAAGAACACCGAGCCCCAGUCUCCGGCUCAGCAGCACUCCUUGGAGUGCCUCCAGGCUCUUACCGACCUCAUCAACCAGGCUGUUGGUGAUGCUCUCUCCGAUAUGCUUCUCGUCGAGGCUAUCCUCGCUCACAAGGGCUGGUCCCCCAAGGAGUGGCUCGGAACCUACACCGACCUGCCCUCCCGUCUCGUUCGCGUCGAAGUCCACGACCGCUCCAUCUUCAAGGCCUACGACGCUGAGCGUAAGUUGGAGUCUCCCAUCGGCCUCCAGGGCAAGAUCGAGUCUCUACAGUCUCGCUACAACAAGGGCCGCAGCUUCGCUCGCGCUAGUGGUACUGAGGACGCUGUUCGCGUCUAUGCUGAGGCCGCUAGCCGAUCCGAGGCCGAUGAUCUUGCUACCCGUGUCGCUAACGCUGUGCGCGAGGCUGGCACUGAGACCCAGUAA